AAGAAAAUGACAUACAACCCGUACGGCCUGAACAACAUCGCCCCAGGAGGCAACGCUAAGGCGAAGUCCCCGCUACGCACGUUCACCAUCGACGGCGCCGUCGAGGACGCUUCGAACGAGUUGCCCAAGCCAAUUUCCGACCCAAACGAGUACUUGCCCGAAAACUUCAGGGUCGACGACCCGCUCUUGACCGACACGUACCAGUUGACUCCGAACGAGAAGAACAUCGGCACGGGCGCCUCGGCCUCGAUCAAGAAGAUCAACAAGAGGGGCAGCUCGAAGGAGUUCUACGCUCUCAAAAAGCUGAUUUUGUUCAAGGGCGAGAAGCCCGAAGAGUUCUACGAGAGAGCAGCCAAGGAGUUUAUCACCCACAAAAACAUCUCUGCAGGCUUCCACAUUGUUAACUGCGUGUCUUUGGUGAGGAUCCCCCACAUACCCUUCCCGCAAGACAUAUCAGGCGGGUGGGGAUUGGUGUUGGAACUCUGCCGCACAGACUUGUUCUCCUUGAUUGAGAAAAAAUCCUGGCUCACCUCCAAAUCGUCUGAAAAGCUUUGUCUCUUCAAGCAGAUCGUAUUUGGAUUGAAGUUCAUGCACGACCACGACGUCGUCCACAGAGAUCUCAAGCCAGAAAAUGUUCUAGUAGACCAAAACGGAAUAGUUAAGUUGACCGAUUUUGGUGUCUCCGAAUAUGGACACGAAACUCCGGGUAAUUUCCACUCACCUAUCGCCAUGACUGUCCAAUUGGUGGGCUCCCCACCUUAUCAACCGCCCGAGGUCCAGUCUCUCAACGGUGUCGACCGUACCAAACGUACUCCUUACAACCCUUUCCUCAUGGAUUACUGGUCCUUGGGAAUCAUCCUUUUUGUGAUGUUUUACCAGAACGUCCCUUUUCCUGAGUCAGAUAAAAAAUGCCAGGAGUUUAGAGACUAUGACAUGUCUUAUGAUCAAUUUUCCUCGCGUCAUUCAGCAUUCAGAAAGGAUAAAUUGAUCCCAUCCCCAGGUCCUGAAUACAGAUAUGCCAAGAAAUUCCCCUCACCUCAAGUUGCACGUAUAGCUUGGCGUCUCACAGAUCCUCGUCCCGAAACGAGAUGGGGGUUAUACGAUCUUUUCUCAGAUGAUACAUUCCAGAGCUGGGAAAUGUGUGUUUCCGAGGAAAACAAGGAAGGUUGC